UUUAUCACAAUCUUCACAGGACAUAACUAGAAGCUUCUGGAUUCUCCUUCUCCUCUGUUAACAAAUAGAGGGACAAUGUUGUGGGACAAACUGUGCUGGCUGCUGGCCCUGUUGGCCUUAUCAUCCGGGACGCUGCCCACCUCCAACGAGCCCCUCUCUGCUCCCAGGAUCUUCCUCUCCUUCAAAGAGUUAAAGUCUACCGGCACUGCUCACCACUUCUCCUUUUUGCUGAACUCAACCGACUAUCGGAUCCUUCGCAUGGAUGAGGACCACGACCGCAUGUAUGUGGGCAGCAAAGAUUAUAUCCUGUCUUUGGAUCUGCACGACAUCAACAAGGAGCCACUGAUAAUCCACUGGCCUGUUGCCCCCCAGAGGAAGACUGAAUGUGUCCUGUCAGGAAAAGACACCAAUGGAGAAUGUGGAAACUUCAUCCGUCUGAUUGAGCCAUGGAACCGGACCCACCUGUAUGUGUGUGGAACAGGAGCGUACAACCCCAUCUGCACCUAUGUGGACCGAGGACGCAGGUCACAGGGGUCCCACUACCUACAGGCACCCCAAUCUGGAGGGAGAACAAGUCGGGCAGCAGACUACAGUACUACAUCAGAGCCUUUGGAGGUGAAGGAGUAUAUUUUCCGCCUUGAACCUGGUAAAGUGGAUUCUGGGAAAGGAAAAUGUCCUUAUGACCCAAAACUUAACAGCGUCUCUGCUUUGAUCAAUGGAGAGCUGUAUGCAGGAGUCUACAUUGACUUCAUGGGAACAGACUCUGCUAUCUUCCGUACACUGGGGAAGCAGACAGCCAUGAGGACUGAUCAGUACAACUCCAGAUGGUUAAAUGAUCCCACAUUCAUCCACGCACACCUCAUCCCCGACAGCGCUGAGAAGAAUGAUGACAAGCUCUACUUCUUCUUCCGCGAGAAAGCCUCUGAGAUGGGACAGAGUCCCAUGACCCAGUCUAGGAUAGGGCGGAUCUGCCUAAAUGACGAUGGUGGACACUGCUGCCUGGUCAACAAGUGGAGCACGUUCCUGAAGGCCCGUCUGAUCUGUUCAGUGCCCGGAGCUGACGGCAUUGAGACGCACUUUGAUGAACUAAGAGAUGUGUAUAUCCAGCCAACUCAAGACACAAAGAAUCCUGUCAUCUAUGGAGUCUUCUCAGUUUCAGGAUCCGUGUUUAAAGGCUCGGCAGUGUGCGUCUACUCCAUGGCUGACAUUCGUAUGGUCUUCAAUGGCCCUUUUGCCCACAAGGAAGGGCCCAACUACCAGUGGGUGGCUUACACUGGGAAGAUCCCCUACCCCCGACCUGGCACUUGUCCUGGAGGCACGUUCACCCCCAACAUGAAAUCCACAAAGGAUUACCCUGAUGAGGUUAUCAACUUCAUGAGAAACCAUCCCACCAUGUACAAUGCUGUAUACCCAGUGCACAAGCACCCCCUAGUGGUCAGAACCAACGUGGACUAUGAGUUCACCACAAUUGCAGUGGACCGAGUGACAGCUGCUGAUGGGAGCUACGAGGUGCUCUUCCUGGGCACAGAUCGGGGGACAGUUCAGAAAGUGAUUGUCUUGCCUCGAGAUGACUUGCAGACUGAGGAGCUGGUCCUGGAGGAAGUGGAGGUCUUUAAGGUUCCCACCCCAAUUACAACCAUGAAGAUUUCAUCCAAACGGCAACAACUGUAUGUAGGAUCAGUCCUGGGUGUGACCAACCUGGCUAUUCAUCGCUGUGAUGUGUAUGGGGAGGCCUGCGCUGACUGCUGUCUGGCAAGGGACCCGUACUGCGCCUGGGACGGCAAAUCCUGCUCUAGAUACUCAGCAUCACAGAAGAGACGUAGCCGUCGGCAGGAUGUAAAGUACGGCAACCCAAUCCGCCAGUGCAGAGGUUAUAACUCUAAUGCCAAUAAGAAUACGCUGGAGACAGUUCAAUAUGGGGUGGAGGGUAGCACGACAUUCCUGGAGUGCCAGGCCAGGUCUCCUCAUGUGUCUCUCAAGUGGCACCUUCAGAGAGAAAACAGCGACCGGAGGAAAGAGAUUCGCUCAGAGGGACGCAUCCUGAAAACAGACCAAGGUCUUUUGAUCCGUUCCUUGCAGUCCUCUGACAGUGGCAUCUACCAGUGUACGUCCACAGAGAAGAACUUCAAACACACACUUGUCAAACUGCAGCUUGUGGUCCUAUCCAGUCGUACAGUUAACAACGUGUUGGUGGAGACUGGCAGCCCGGCCCUCCCUCCACUGCAAUCCAGCGCCUGGACUCCGAGUGCCGGCCAGUAUAAGGACCUGCUGACCAUCCUGAGCCAGCCAGAGAUGGGCCUGAUCAACCAGUAUUGCCAGGAUUACUGGCAGCUUGGAGACAGCAGCGUCGGGGACAACAAAGCUAAAAGCUUAAAGGAGUUGAAAGAACAGAAGAAGCCCCGCAACCGUCGGCAUCAUGAUGAGCAAACCACUCCUGCUGAGACAUGAGGAGUUAGACAGACAUCCUAUCAAACAUCCCCAGUCUACCUUUUCACACCACCUCCUAAACACUGCAACCCUCCAUUUUGAGGAAUGACUCCAGUCAA